AUGGCCCCUUCGAGACAUCGAGGCUCGAGGUCGGUGCGCACACACCCGAAAACUCUGAAGAGGAAACGAGGCGAGGAUACCGAUAACGUGGACGAAUUGUCCAAAAGAGUAGCGGACUUGGAGUUAAGACCAGCUACCGCGCCAAUCCUGUUUGCUGAGCUGCCUCUCUCCCAAGCUACUCAAUCCGGCCUGUCCAAGUCUCACUUCAAGACCCUGACUACAAUCCAAUCUCGAGCGAUUCCUGCUGCUUUGAAAUCAAGCGACAUACUCGGCGCUGCCCAAACGGGUUCGGGAAAAACCCUUGCCUUCUUGAUACCGGUCCUGGAGAACCUGUAUCGAAGACGAUGGACCGAAUACGACGGCCUCGGUGCGUUGAUCCUGUCUCCGACCCGAGAGCUGGCAAUUCAGAUUUUCGAGGUCCUGCGAAAAGUGGGCAGGAACCACACCUUCUCUGCUGGUCUCGUCAUAGGGGGAAAGCCGCUUCGGGAGGAACGCGAGCGACUUGGUCGGAUGAACAUCCUCGUUGCAACCCCUGGAAGAAUGCUGCAGCACAUGGACCAGACGGCGGAGUUUGAGAUUGGGAAUCUGCAAAUGCUGGUACUCGAUGAGGCAGACAGGAUCAUGGACAUGGGCUUUCAGGGAACUGUCGAUGCGAUCGUGGAACACUUGCCGAAAGAACGACAAACCUUGCUAUUCAGUGCUACCCAGACGAAAAAGGUUUCAGACCUGGCCCGAUUGAGCUUGAGAGAGCCAGAAUUUGUGUCUGCCCACGAGGGAGCUGAGAGCGCAACGCCUAGUACGCUUCAGCAGAAUUAUGUGGUGACACCACUGCCGGAGAAGCUCGACACGCUCUGGAGCUUCAUCCGAGCCAAUUUGAAAAAAAAGAUACUCGUCUUCUUGAGCUCGGGAAAGCAGGUCAGGUUUCUCUACGAAGCACUACGACAUCUUCAGCCAGGAUUACCUCUGCUGCAUCUUCAUGGACGACAAAGGCAGGCUGCUAGAUUAGAUAUUACCACACGUUUCUCGUCUAGCAAGAAUGCUUGUCUCCUUGCAACAGAUGUUGCUGCAAGGGGCCUGGACUUCCCAGCUGUUGACUGGGUGGUUCAAGUAGACUGCCCCGAGGAUGCCGAUACCUACAUCCACCGGGUGGGACGUACGGCAAGGUACGAGCACAAAGGACGUGCAGUGAUGUUCUUGGACCCUAGCGAAGAGGAAGGUAUGUUGAAAGCGCUUGAGAGGAAGAAGGUCGCCAUCGAGAAGAUCAAUGUCAGGCAGAAAAAGAUGCAAAACACGAUCAAGAACCAGCUACAAAAUAUGUGCUUCAAGGAUCCCGAGUUGAAGUAUCUAGGUCAGAAGUGCUUUGUAUCCUAUGUUCGAUCCAUCCAUAUCCAGAGAGACAAGGAUAUUUUCAAAAUUAAAGAGUUGGAUCUCGAGAGUUAUGCAGCCAGUCUAGGACUUCCGGGUACGCCUAAUGUCAAGUUUGUGAAAGGAGAAGACGCCAAAGCCAGGAAGAAUGCACCGAGGCAGCUGCUUGAGUUUUCAAGUGGAAGCGAGGGUGAUGAGGAAGCAAGAAGGAAAGACACAGCAAAGCCGACUGUCAGGACAAAGUAUGACCGUAUGUUCGAGAGAAGGAACCAGGACGUGCUGGCAGACCACUACAAGAAGAUGAUUGAUGACAAAGAGAACUUGAACGGCGCAGAAAGUGGUGGAAAUCAUUAUCAUGACACUGCCGAUGCAGAUGAAGACGACGAUUUCUUGGCCGUCAAGAGACGUUUUGACGCAGGCGACCAUGCUCUGGGCCAGGAAGCCUCGUCCUCCACUGGCUCCGACAGCUCCGACAGUGAAAACACCAUUCCCACCAAGAAACCGCUCCGAACCACCAACUCGAAUCCCACGCCACCCGUCAAGAAAGCUCUCCACCUCUCCUCUAACACCGAGCCUCUAAUAAUCGACUCCAACCGCCGCGCAAAACUCCUCAAAUCCAAAAAAGCCCUCCUCAAAUACAAGGGCCACGGCUCACAUCUGCACUUCGAUUCCGAAGGUCUCAACCCCCACGAAGCGGAAUACUACGAACGAGAAGACGAGUUCCGGAAGAAGGGGUUGCCGGAGGAACAGAGGGAGGUGUUCUUGCGAGAAGAGAGGGAGAGAGCUAGGGAGGCCGACGUAAGAGAUAAGGAAGUGGAGAGGAGAAAGAGGAGGGAGAAAAAGGAGAAGAGGAAGGGGAGGGAGAGGGAGGACGGGCACUUGGUGUUGGGGGCUGAAGAGGGGGUUGCUGUGUUGGCGCCGUAUGAGGAAGAGGAAGAGGAAGGAGGAGCGGAGGAGGGCCCAGUGUUGGCUGGGAAUGGCGCUGGUACGGAGAAGAGACGAAAGAAAUGGUUUGAGGAUCCCUCUUCGGGAGAGGACGACGAUAAGCGUGAGCGGGAGCGGCAGGGAAACUCGAAGGCCAAGCGCAGGAAGAAGGGGGCUGAGGCUAACCUACGUGGGCAAGAGCGAGAGCAAGAGCAAGUGCCGCAGACAGUGGAGGAGCUGGAGGCGAUGGCGCAGGGGCUGCUGCGUAGCUGA